AUGGAAAAUGAUAGAAGGAAUAACCCUCAAGAGCAUGUUGAUAUGAACGGGGGGUUUAAUAACUUGAACUAUUAUAAUAACAAUGCCAAUGAGCUGAAUAUUGGAAAUUGUAUGAAUCCGGGAUAUUAUGGUGUAUAUGAAGAGCAAAAUAACAAUUUUAAUAUGAAUACAAACAAUACAAGCAUGUAUAUUAAUGAAGAAAGUUUUAAGAAUAAUCAAAAUACCAAUAAUAGCACGAUGUAUAACAAUUUUAAUAUGAAUAAUUCUAACUAUAAUGAAAGUAAUUAUAAUAAUUAUAGUAAUUAUGGUGCCAAUUACAUAUCCAACAAUAUGAACAAUACUAGUAAUAUGAAUAAUAUUAACAAUACUAGCAAUAUGAAUAAUAUUAACAAUACUAGCAAUAUGAAUAAUAUUAACAAUACUAACAAUAUGAAUAAUAUUAACAAUACUAGCAAUAGUGGGUAUAACAACAUUGCAAAUAUAACGCCAAAUUAUUAUCAGAGUGACCAAUAUAUAUUAAAUAAAAAAAACGCUAAAAUAUUGUAUAUAUAUAACGUAACAAAUGAAUAUUCUGAUGAGAAUUUUAUUUAUAGCCUAUGUUCUAUUUAUGGUAGUGUUGAUACAGUUAGCUAUAUAAAAGGGAAAAAUGUAUUUAUAGUAAAAUUUGGGUCUGCAGAUGAUGCAUUAAACGGAUAUAAAAAUUUACCAACACAUUUUAAAGACUUUCAAUAUGAGCUUCGUAAUGAGUCUAAAAAAAUUAGUUAUUUUAGUGAAAAGGCUAAUAGCCAUAAAUAUAUUUCUCCUAAUUUUUCUGAAAAAAAAUUUUUAUCAUUAAGCUCAGAAAAACGAGAAAAAAUUAUGAGCAUAAAACAAAAAGAGCUAUUAAGAAAGUGUAAAGAAAAAUUAAAUGAAUAUAUUAACAUGUUCAAUAACAAAAAUAUAACAGAAGAUGAAAAAAAUAAAUUACAAACUUUGAUAGAUCAUAUAAAAGCACGAAUACAUGUAUUGAAUAAUCGAUGUGAUAAUGCAAAUUUCGGAGGAAUGCAAAAUCAGUAUUUAAUAAACAAUUAUAAUAAUACAUAUGAAAGUAACAUAAACACUAAUAAUAUAAGCGUGAGCGGUAAUAAUUUAAACAUUUCUAAUAAUAUAAACUAUAAUAAUAGUAGCAUUUAUGCAGAGGGUAGUACUACUAUUAAGAUUAAUUCGUUGAAUAAUAUUCAAAAUAACGAAGACUUAAGUAAUUAUAUAAUUCAAAACAAUUCUAUAUUUUUAAAUGAGCAUAUUUCAUAUCUUUCGUUAUUUACAUUUGGUGAAAAAUAUGCAAUAAUUAAAUAUAGUAGCCAAAACGCAGCAAAAACAGUUUUCAACAAUUGCAAUAUGUGUAAUAUUAAUGCAGAAUUUGUUCCCGAUGAUAACGGCAAUCAGCAAGGUAUCUAG